AUGUAACACAAAAUUUUAAGUUAACUAAAAAUAUCAAAAUAAAUCAAAAUUUAAAGUAAUUUUUAUUCCGAUCUACCAGACAGAUUCAGCACGAUGGUGAAAUGCAGGCGGUGCAUACCCUGCGUCGCUGUUAAGACUAGCAAAAGUCGAGAACUCAGGGGUGGAAUUCUUUACACAGACUGUUUCUGUUUGCGACGAAACGGCUUACAAUAUGACUGUAAGAGGAGUGGCUGUCAAAACUCACCAGAAUGUGAACUAAUACCGGCACCUUUAUGUGAACCAUCUAAAGUCGCAUGCCAAACGCAUUGCAAAAACCCUCACGCUGAAGCAUUGUCGUCCAUUUGCAAAAUGCAACCUCGUAAAUAAGACUCAAGUGAAUUAAGAUUAUCCCCAGAGUUCAAGAUGGCCCAACCCAAAAUGUUUGAAGAAUUACCAUGAAUAUCAAGCUUUAUUCGUAUACGUACUUUUCAAGAGUACCUCAAAAUACUGUCACAUAAGAAGAUUUUAAAUUCAGAAGACAAAAAUACAGACACUUCAAAAGAACAAACAUUUUGACAGAAGAAGUUUUGACUUCGACUAUUUCAGAUGUAUUUAUUGUAAAAAAAUUGCAAAUUUAUCAAAAUUCUAAAUUUUUCAAGUGAUUUUUCUACACAACUCUUUCUAAUCUUUUCAUGAUUGUAUAAGCUAAAAUAUCAAUAAAUUUUUAGAAAAACCCCCUCCUCCGUAUAAUUUUGUCAUCUUCGGUAGGACUGCGAUUUCUUGAUUUUCCACCAUGUGUACUCCUUGCGGUCCCAUGAUAUGCUACAAAUAUGAAGACUGCGGUCCUCCGAAAGGAAAAGCUUCUGAUGGAGCGGCCAGAGCGGAGGAGGGUGGCGCGGAAAAAAAGGAUGAAAAAGAAAACCAGCUUAAACGAACAAAGAGCCGUGAACUGCGCGGAGGGAUUAUGUACUACAGCUGCCAUUGCAUCAAGCGCAAUGGGCUCCAGCAUGACUGCCGUCGCACUGGAUGUGGCGGCGAGCCGGCUUGUCUAGUCCUGCCGGAUCCACUGUGUGCGCCCAGCCAGUUGGCUCGCGCUCGAGGACUCGCAGAUCCUGAGCCCCUUGCAGCGCAUCUUCGCGCCCAAGGCGGCAAUGCAUCGGGAGGUGCAGCAGAUUCCGGUUCCGGGGGAGGCAAGAGGUUCAUUGUGUGCGAACUCAAGGGUAUCGUCCCAGAUGCUUCCAUGGACAAGUCUGGCAAGUGCUGUAAGUGUCAAAGUUCGUUUCCACCUCCUAAGCAAAGUUCCAGUGGUGGCCAAGCCUGUAUUUGUAGUAGCAUACCUGGUGCAGCCAAAGCCGUUGCUGUAAGCCCUCAAGUCUCAAAAUGCCCAUGUGGGAGCAGUGCAGCUGCAGCAGAAGCACAGUCGUCGUCAAUUUAUGUAUUUGACGAGAAAACUUUAGAUACGAUAAUGAAGCGCUUUGAUAACAAGGAACUUGCACCAAGUGACGUGGUAAUAGGGCCGGGUGGUCGUCCUCGGAAAGCAACGAAGCCAGUUAGUAAAGAAGAGCCUUGUACGAGACCGGGUUGUGUACAUUGGCAGCCGCCGCCGCCAUGUGUAUGGGAUGCUCCUUGUAAGGCAGAUUGUUUCGAGACCCCACCUGGAAUACAGCCGGGUCGCAACCCACUUACAGGUGGUGGUGCUAGUGCAUCUAGACAAGCUUCAAGUAGAGGUGGAGGCGGCCAGGGUGGAGGCCAGCCUCGUGAGCGGAUGAAAUUGCUAACGCCUGAAUGUUGCACAGGUUGCUCCUCGUCGGGCGGCGGUGGUGCGUCGAGUAGUGGCGGUCCAGCGGCGGGCUUGCCGGUGUUGGUGAUGAAGCUCUGCUAACGAGUACAACGGCGCACAUCGAAGUUCGAAGGCUUAAGAAAAAGUGCAAAAUACUAUUGUAUACCUUACUAAUCG